GAUCUAUUUCACCUUGUUUAAGUUUAAUAAAACAGAUUAGUCUAGAUCUGUAUAGCUAAAUUAUGUCUCCUCAGUCUGUGAAACAGUCUUGGUCAGUCUAUAUGGCUUUUCAGAAGUUCUACAGACUAAAUCUAAACAGUUUGAAAAGAAUAUCUUUGGCAAGAUGUUCAGUCACAUCGUUAUCUGUCAGAUGCUUCAGCCAGUCUAGCGUCUCAGCACCUGCUUAUGAUGUGAUUGUGGUCGGUGGAGGACAUGCUGGAACUGAAGCAGCUUGUGCUGCUGCAAGGAUGGGAGCUAAAACACUUCUCGUCACUCAUAAGCUGGAGACAAUUGGUGAAAUGUCUUGCAAUCCAUCAUUUGGAGGAAUCGGCAAAGGUCAUUUGAUGAAAGAAAUCGAUGCACUUGGGGGCGUUUGUGGCAGGAUUUGUGACAUUUCAGGGGUCCAGUAUAAAAUGCUAAACAAGAAGAAAGGUCCAGCAGUUUGGGGCCCUAGGGCACAGAUUGACAGAAAACUUUACAAGCACAACAUUCAAGCUGAAGUUUUCUCCACCCCCAAUUUGACUGUCAAGGCUGCAGCAGUUGAAGAUCUCAUCACUUGUGGUGUUCCAUCCAUUUUUGAUCAUGGGACCUUAUUAGGUUGCCGGGGUGUUGUGCUAGGUACAGGGGAAGCAAUUACUUCGAAAACUGUCAUUUUGACCAAUGGGACAUUUCUCAGGGGCUCCAUUAACAUUGGACUGACUUGUCGCCCAGCUGGUAGAAUUGGAGACGAGCCUGCUAUCGGGUUGGCUCAGACCAUUGAGAAGGCUGGCUUCACAAUGGGCAGACUGAAAACUGGAACACCUCCAAGAAUUGACAAACGAACAAUAGACUUCAGUAAGACUGAAAUGAAGAAAGGUGACGAUGUCCCAGUACCAUUUUCUUUUAUGAAUCAUUCAGUUUGGAUCAAGCCGGAGGACCAGGUUCCAUGUCACAUGACAUACACAACAGAAGCCGUGGCAGAAAUUGUCAGAUCUAGUCUUCAUCUGAACCGACAUGUGCAGGAGGAAAUCAAUGGGCCAAGGUACUGUCCAUCUAUUGAGUCAAAAAUAUUGAGAUUUAAUAGGAAAUCACACCAGAUCUGGUUGGAACCAGAAGGACUGGACUCUGAUGUCAUUUACCCUCAAGGAAUGUCAUGUACCAUGCCAGAGGAGUUUCAGGUGGCAUUAAUGAGGUCAAUACCUGGACUGGAGAACUGCAAGCUGGUUAGAGCAGGCUAUGGUGUUGAGUAUGACUACAUGGACCCUAGACAACUGAAGCCAACCCUUGAAACACAUCGUAUAGCAGACCUUUACUUUGCUGGCCAGAUCAAUGGGACCACAGGCUAUGAAGAGGCUGCAUCUCAGGGUAUUGUUGCUGGAAUCAAUGCUGCCUGUAGGGUCCAAGAUAAACCUGCACUUAUUGUCAACAGGACUGAUGGGUAUAUUGGAGUGUUGAUAGAUGAUCUGACCACGCACGGGACAUCAGAGCCUUACCGAAUGUUUACCAGCAGGGCAGAGUUCAGGCUGUCUCUGAGACCAGACAAUGCUGAUAUUCGUUUAACACCCAAAGGAUACGCCCUUGGCUGCGUCAGUGAAGAAAGAUAUGCCAAAGCUAUGAAGAUGAAGAAGAACAUUGCAGAUAAUAUGGAAUUGUUUUACAGUGUCAAAAAACCAUGCCAGAGGUGGCGAGACAUGCUGGGUUUGUCAGGGGUAGAGAACUCCAGUUUGAUGAGUGCAAGAGAUAUUUUAUGUAACCCAAUGGUUAGUAUUCAAGAUGUGGCGGAGAAAAUUCCAGAGUUUCAUCAUCUGAAAGAAUGCAGUAAACAGUUAUUGGAGAGGUUGGAAAUUGAAGUUAAGUACAGUGCUGAAAUAGUGGAUCAGAUGAAGGAAAUAGAACAAGUUAGACGGGAUGAACAACUGGUGAUUCCAGACAAUCUGGAUUACUUCAGCCUGAACAUAUCCAGUGAUGCAAAGUCCAAAUUGGCAGCUGCCAGACCAGCUUCAAUUGCAGCCGCCAGUCGCAUUCCUGGUAUGACACCUGCAGCCAUUGUCAUCUUACUCAACCAUGUGAAAUUUCGAAGCCAGCAGCAGGGCAAGUGAGAAAAAAUAGACUUCCGCAAUGUUGUUUGUUUAAAAAUACUCAUGCACAAAUAAAUCUCUCCCCCUUGUUGGGCUAUUACUUCUGAA